AUGGACGAUGCAAAACAAAAAACAGAGGAAGAGGAAACAGUCGAGCAUGACGAUGAUGCAGAUAAGCACUGUUCCAGAAAAGAUGGUGGCUGGGGGAAUAAUGAUUUCCAACGCAAGCAAGACGAAGGGGACAGCGACAUAGAAGCAGAGGGGAAGGAGCUGGAAUUGCUGGUUGAUGAGGACGGACGCCUCGUUUUCGACGGAGGCCAUGUCGACUACUCUUUCCGCUCCUUCCCUGCGGCCUUUCCUUCCUUCUGUACUGAUGCUACGUCUUCCUCCGUCCUGUCCACCUUGCUGCACGAUUGUCGAGUAGCCAGCACGGCAAGGGCGCAGGCCAAGGCUGGGGGAGACUACAGCGAAGGCGAGACCUUUUUCAUCACCGCCGACACCAAGCCCAAGGUGCAACUGGAAGCGCUGGCCCUGUCGAUAUUCUGGGCGCACACCUCUCAAGCCACCUACACCGAAGGACAUAGCGGGGCAGAAUGGUGGGUGCAGGUGCUGGAGGAGGAGGACGACAUUGGCCUGCAUUUCGACAAGGACUAUGCCCUGGAAGCACACGGUCUCAACAUCUACCCUCACCUGGCCACGGUCACCUACCUCUCUUCCUUGGGAGGUCCCACUCUGGUCCUUCCCCUCUCGGGCCCCCUGCACGUGGGGGAAGACCUGUCCGGCGCGCUCUCCGGAGCCUGGCUCUCCCUGCCCGCCGUGGGCAAACACACCGUCUUCGAUGGACGCCUGCUACACGCGGCGCCCGCGGAAUUGCGGGGACUGUGGGCCGACGAAGACGGUUGGGAGGAAGGUGGGAGGGCGGAAAGGAAAGGGGGACGGAAGCGGGUGACCCUCCUGGUGAACGUCUGGCUGAAUCACAUUCCCAACGGCUCGGAACGGCCGUCGCCCUCCCUCCUCCAGGCCCUCUCUCCCUGCGACUCUGCCGCCCCAUUGGAAUGUAGAAUCCCCUUGGCCCCUCCCUUUCAGCGAGGGGAUGCCGAGGAAGGGACUAUCUCGUCCUCCCUUGCGUCCCCCGGCGCCUCUCAGGUGACGGAGGUGACGCUAAGAGGAGGGGCGGUAGGGGAAGGAGCGGCCCAACGGGCAUCGUGGAGGUUGGGAGGUGAAGCCAAGCAGAGGUAUAAGGUUUCAAUCCUUGUGCCCGCUGAGGAGGGGAGGAAGUUCUCGAGGGAGGACGAAGGCUCCACUGUGAGGCUGAUGUUUAAGGAGGGGGUGACGGGGAUGGUGGGGGACAAGAAGAAGGAGGAGGAGGAGGAGGAGGAAGUGGAGGAGGAGGAGGAGGAGGAGGAUUAA